GCGUAAGCACUCAGGCAGGUGCUGGGUUCUCUGACGUCAGGACGAAAAGCAAUUAUGAAUGGGAGAGACUGCGAAUAAACUCGACACUGGCGGAGUUGAGUUACAGAGGCACGAUGGCUGCGGACAGUACCCUGCUGCUGUCUCUGGUGGAGGAAUUUGUCUCGGGACUACAGGACAGCAAGGCCAAAGAAACCGCAACAUGUGUCAAAGAUGGACAGUUUACAAUCCUGCAGCUGGUGGAAGCGCUGGGACUGAGCCUAACCAGCUCCCAGCCUCACACCCGAGCCAGAGGAGUCCAGCUUCUCUCUGACGUUUUACACGAUUGCUAUGGAGGUCUCACAGAGAGAGAAGUGGAAGUGCUCAUUGCCUUCUUUGAAAACCGUCUCAAGGACCAUUAUGUCAUCACACCCCCUGUUUUACAGGGACUCAGAGCGCUGACAAAAUCUACAGUUUUGCCUCCUGGCUCCGCUGUGUCCAUGCUGAGGUCUUUGUUCCAGGAUGUUCAUGUUCAGUCUUUGAUGCUGGCCGAGAGAGCGUGUGUCUACAACAUGCUCAUCAACCUCAUGGCGACCAGAGAAGCCGAACUGAAGGGUUUGGGGGCAGACUUUGUGUUUGGUUUUGUCCAGUCAAUGGACGGAGAGAGAGACCCCCGCAACCUCCUGUUAGCCUUCCAGAUCGCCAAGAGCAUCGUCCGCCGAGGUUACGAUCUAGGUAAAUUCACAGAGGAGCUGUUCGAAGUGACGUCCUGCUAUUUCCCCAUUGACUUCAGCCCCCCUCCCAACGACCCCCACGGCAUCACCAGAGAGGAGCUCAUCCAGAUGCUGAGGGACGCCCUCACUGGGACGCCACGGUUUGCAGAGUUUCUGCUACCUCUCAUCAUUGAGAAACUGGACUCCGAUGUUCUGAGUGCGAAGCUGGACUCGCUGCAGACUCUGAUUGCUGGUGUGUCACAAUAUGAACACAAGGACGUGGCUGAAUUCCUCGAGGGACUGUGGGCGUCACUGCGAAGAGAGGUGUUUCAGACAUCGAGCGAGAAGAUCGAGUCGGCUGGCCUCGCUGCUCUCACCGCACUCACUUCCUGUCUGUCUCGCUCAGUCCUCCACUCUGACUCUGAGGACUCCCUCAGCACCUUCCUGGAUCUCGUUCUCAAAGACUGCAAACAUCACCUGUGUGAGCCGGACCUGAAGCUGGUGUGGCCCAGUGCCAAGCUGCUACAGGCCGCCUGCAGCGCCUCCAACAGGGCGAGCCACAUCAUUACGGACGCGGUCAUGCCCUCUCUCGUUGAGCAGUACAACAGCAGAGCACAGUGUUCCCACAGACGAACAUUGCUCGAGGUGGUGCAGCGAUUCAUUCAGUCAGCAAAGACCUGCGAGAAUGAAGACAGUGUGUUUCUAGCCUUCCGGCCGUCUCUGUGCAGCAUGGUGUUUUCAGCUCUGACAGAGACUGAUUCCAGCCUGCAGAUCACGGCCACCUCUGUGCUCACCUCACUGGCUCAACAAACGGGUCUGCUGUUGGACUCUGAUGUUGAGCUGGCUGUAGAUCACCUGACCAGACUGUUGCUGACGGAAGAGGACGACAAAGUCAGCCUUGCUGUGGUGGAGUGUGCUGGAGCCUUAGCAGAGUUGCACCCUGCAGCUUUCAUCACUAAACUGAUCCCAAGACUAAAGAAGGAGAUGUUUUCUGAGCCGAUGGAUCAAGGCGACAACAGAUUAGCUUCUGAGACGCCUUCCCAUCAUGCAGUGCGCCAGCGGUGUUUGUCCGCUCUGGCUGCGGUGUCCACUCAACCUAGUGUUGUCCAGGAGAGCACACCUGUCCUCUUGGAGGUCCUCAGCUCGGCACACACGGGUGGUGUAGUUUUCUCAGUGGAGGAGGUGGUGUUGGCUUGUCAUAGUCUCCAGAGAAUAGCCAAGCAGGUACAGGACACCGAGGAGACGGGACGAUGCUUCCAUGACGUCAUCAUCCCGCGCCUGCUGUCUCUGGCCCUCCAGGCAGCACUGCAGGGCGAGGGGUCAUCUGGUGGUCGUAGUCCUCUUCUGGAGGAGGUGGUCCUGUCUGCCAUGGUCCCGGUCAUCAGUACUUCCUGCUCCAGGCUGCAGCCCACGCUGGCGGGACAGACGGCGCUGAGGGCCGUGUCUCUCUUCCUGGAUGGUGACGUUUCCUUUUUGCCCGACAACUCGUUCCCUUCAAACAUCCAGCUGCUCAAGAAGCAGCAGGGGGACUCGUGGAGCCAGUCCCAGAUGGUUUGUCUGCUCUUGGGAUGCGUUUGUUCGUUGCCUCGCAUUGUGGAGGUGCCUCGGAUAGAUGACCUGAUGGCAGAGCUGGAGGAGAUGAGCUGCACCUGCAGCCACCCGUUGUCAUACACCUCGGCUGCAAAGUGCUUUGCUGGCCUGGUUAAUAAGAGAGCUCUGGGGGAUUGUCUCGACAGCCUCAUUCAGAGGACCAUGGAGAGGGUUUGUGGUGAGCUGGACUCUGCGUCUUCAUCUGUACGCACUCAGGCCUUCACCCUCAUGAUCUGGGUUGCCAAGGCCCUGCUUCUCCGAUACCACCCUCUGUUCACAACCCUGACUGACAAGCUCUUUUCUCUGCUCGAUGAUGCUGAUCUGGGUCCAGCGGCGGCAGACGGCUUCCGGCUGCUGAUGAGCGAGUCCACCGACAUCCUGAACCGCGGUUGCCAUGCCGAUGUUCGCAUCAUGUACCGCCAGCGCUUCUUUAGCGAGAAUUCCGCCAAGUUGGUCCAGGGCUUCAACGCCGCGCCGCAAGAGAAGAAGCCCAACUACCUGAAGGCUCUGUCUAACAUUGUCAAUAAAUUGCCUAAGCAGGUUCAAGUCACUGAACUACCAGCGCUGCUGUCUCUGCUGCUGGAGGCCUUGUCGUGUCCAGACCAGGGCGUCCAGUUGUCCACCCUGUCGUGUCUGGAGCCCGUCCUCGUCGACCCACCACCGGCACUCAUCCAGCAGCUGGAGGCGCUGGUCAGCAGGCUGCUGGCCCUCACCUCCAGCCCAGUCAUGAGCGUGAGGAUCGCCUCCUUGCGUUGCAUCCACGCCAUUUCCUGCUUCCCCGAGCAUGAGGUGUUGCCAUUUCGGACCCGAGUGCUGCGAGCGCUGGCCCGGCCUCUGGACGACAGGAAGAGGCUCGUGAGGAGGGGGGCGGUUCGGGCCAGAGCAGAGUGGUUCCUGUUAGGAAGUCCUGGAGGAAGUUGAUUCUGCUCCUCAAACACAACCCUAGUCUCCCAUCCUGGAAGAAUACAGAUGUGGGAAAGUGGAAGCUCCUGGACCAGGUACCAAGGAUCAGAGCUGCACAAUCCAAACGACGGCUCUCUUUCUCCUCGGUGCCCCCACCACCACCACACCACUCCCUUUUGGAUCUUCCAGCAUCCCUUUAUCCUCCCUACUCAUCUUUUCAGCUAGAAUGCCACCCUCUCCAUCUUCUCUCCCUUAUUACAUGUUUUUGUAACUGUCUAUCUUCAUGAACGCACAAAAUAAGAGUAUGUGGAGCAAUGUCCAAGUGAAAAGAAUGUUUAAUGUCACACACCUCCUUGUACGUUGUCUCUCACUACGCAGUGGAGAAAACGUAACAUUGGACUGCGUGUAAGCGUUUUAGGAAAAUGUUGGGAAAUGGGAAGUGCAUUUUAAAUCCCUCAAGGUUUUGUCUUAAAGGUUCCCUACUCCGUCACAUCAGCAGCUAAAAUAUUGCUGCUCUUUCUGUCAAAAAUGAUCAAGAAAUGUGAUAAUAAUUUAGCAAGAUUUUUGACAUUCUAGCCAAACAGAGAAUUAGGUUCUGAAAUAAAAUUAAAAAAAUAGCUCUUGUUAAAUACUUUGAAUGUGUGAACUCCCGUAAAAAGAGAAAUCAAACACCAUACAUCCGUUGAAUGAUGACGUCAUGAACUGUGGGGACAUUUUCUUUUCACUUCAUUAACAUUUAGACAAUUUGGGCUGCUGGAAACAUCAAAGACCUCCACUUAACAGCCGGAUGAGAGCAGCACUGAACCCAGCAGGCAGCGACGGCCUUUAAUCUUCUCAUCUGGAUGAAUGUGUAAUUGAGCAGUAAUGUCCAAUAACAGCUGGGGUGUUUGAUUCAUGUCACUGGUGUGCCAGCUGGGUGGGGGUGAGAAAAUGAAACCUAGGAAAAUGUGCUUGUGCCAAUUGUCAGCUGGCUCUCCAGGGUGGCAUGAAUCAAUGUAUCGCACCGCCAGAGAUCAUUUAAUAGGAAAUACCUAUGUGAGGUUAAUGUACGUUGAAAUAAGAUUGUAAGUUAUGUAAACAAUAUGACGACAGUGUGCGUUGUAUUCUCUCAAUAGCUGAGACCUUUGGACCUCUCAAACUCAUGCCAAGGAAAUACAGUAUUUAAAAUGUCAUUAAAACCUUUUCUUUGUAAUUAUUC